UUUUAGUAGUCAAUACACUGCUAAUACCAAUUGCAUUCGUUCACAAUACCGACCUUAAAUUUCUCCAAAAUGUUAAGAUCUAGCAUAAUCGUACUUAUUACCUAUAUUCUAUUUAUACCCGUUACACUCGCCUUCGGAGAGGUAAGAACUGAAGACCAAUGGAUCAGUAUUCGUGUCUACAACAGAAUGAGGAAAGAUGACGUCUCUUUUAAAAACGCCAACCUAGCGUGGGGCAAGUUCUAUUCAGGUUCUAAAUCGAAUGAGAUAUCGGCCGCCGAAGUCGAUAAGAUUGUUGUGGGCCCUGACGCGACCAAAUCUGCAGACUCGUGUGGUCGCUCGGGUGCUUUGUCAGGAACUCAGGGUUCUCUUGAUCUGUAUGACGGCACCACACGAAUCUGUAGCCUCAACUGGGACUGUCCGUGGGGGUCAUCAAUUAACAACUUUCAAGUGUCAAACUAUGUUCCUCAAAAGUCGGAUUAUUCAGUAGCAGUCGCAACUUGGAACCGUGGCCCUGGUGCUAUUGGAAAUGUAGAUAUCACGGUUGCAAAACUUGGAUGAUAAAAGAUUGUUUUUAGGAUGAGAGUGUAUUUUGUAUGGGUAUCUCAUUCCGACAAUAUAUGGAUAAUUAAGGCUGGCAAAGCAACAUAGGCAAUUCAAGAAAUACGACUGUGUCUUAUUCUCUUAAAUCUUUAUAGGAAAAACUUGGUUGGUAUCCAUGCACACGUAUUUGGCAUGGUAAGGGGCGAACAGCCCACUGGCACAGCACGGAUGACGGG